CGACGCACACGCGCCGGCGGACAUGCGGUUGGUCUACAUCGGGCGCAAGACCUACUCUUUGGACGCCGUCUGCGCCCUCAUGGAGGGCCCUCACAGGCUUAAGUACGACCGCUGCUACACCAUCGACGCGGGCGCGUUGGACGGCCUCCUCGAGAGAACCAGCCUGGGCGAUGGCAUCCUCCACGGCGAGAGCAAGAAAGAACUCCGCAAGCGAAUCGUCGCUGUCCGAGACCUCCUGCACUCCCUGCCGACGGGGUUCCUGGACGGGCCCCACGAAGACUUGGCCCAGUCUGCGCGCAUCUUCUUGAAGACCUCCAAGAAGAACGCCGGCGCCCCCGUGCUCUUCAGAAUGAACGAGGCCGCGGCCCGGGAGUGGCCGAAGAUGACUACGACCGACCGUCUGUGGCAUUUUCUCAUGUCUGUCGGCGGCACGAGCCACUUCCAUGCGCGGCAGAUGUGCUUGGAUUGCCCGGCCGAGAUCUGCGAAUCAUCCGAAAUGCGCGCGGUGGGUCCGAGUUGCUACUCCUACCUACGCUUCGCCUACACGGCCGUCGACUUCCCAGCAACUUGGAGUUCUGCGGCGGGGCAGGCGCUCGGCAUUCGCCUCGUCGAGCACCUCCGAACUCGUCCCGGAUUGCAAGGUCUGCAGUUUCCGGGGCCUACGCUCAGCUUCAACAGCUCCGAGCACUGGAUGUGCGAAUCCGUGAAGGCUCUCAAAGCCUUGCGCAACGACGACCUCCUCGUCCGCGCGGGCGAGUUGGGCCACGUCCUGCCGAGUGGCGCGCUGCCGGUGCCAGCCAGCGGGGAAUUCCGCACGCGCAGAUUCCGCGCCGGUUUGGCAGCACCGGACCCGUGUUCCAUGAGCGCCAACUUGAUGCGCGCCCCCCGUGCCACCAGCGCCGUCGCCCCCAUGAAGAAGAACGCCGUGGACGAGCCGCCCGCCGAGCGGCAGGCUUCCCUGAAGGCCUUCGCGACGACGCGCGG